CUCUCUAGCGCUGCCAGUGGACAAUCAAACCUACACACCCACCUCUGUCUACACUCGCCUGUUCAACAUUUCUUACUUCUGCUAGAAAAAAUACAUAGCUACAGCAAAACCUCUGAGCUCUGAAUCGCAUCGCGGCGCAUCUUAUCGUGAUACACCAGCAGCGAUAGCUCCAAAAGAAAGCGCAACAUGGAGUCCCCUCCAGAUCCAGCGAGCGACCCGGGCAACGGCGUCUCAGAGCCGGUUACCCCGGUCAGGGAAACCCCGGUAAACCUGGAGACCCUCCGCAAAGCUGAGCACCAAGCCCCGGUGCGCCGGCAGAGCUGCUCCAGCACCAACAGAGGUAUUUCAGUAACAAAGAAGACACACACUUCUCAAAUCGAAAUAAUUCCCUGCAAGAUCUGUGGAGACAAAUCAUCAGGCAUCCAUUAUGGCGUGAUAACGUGUGAGGGCUGCAAGGGUUUCUUCAGGAGGAGUCAGCAGAGCAAUGCGGCGUACUCAUGCCCGCGUCAGAAGAACUGCCUGAUUGACCGCACCAGCCGGAACCGCUGCCAGCACUGCAGGCUGCAGAAGUGUCUGGCCGUGGGCAUGUCACGUGACGCGGUGAAGUUUGGCCGGAUGUCAAAGAAACAGCGGGACAGCCUCUAUGCGGAAGUGCAGAAACACCGGCUCCAGCAGCAACAGCGGGACCACCAGCAGCAGCCCGGUGAGGCCGAACCCCUCACUCCAACCUACGGCCUCUCCACCAAUGGCCUGACCGAGCUCCACGAUGACCUGAGCGGCUACAUGAACGGCCACACACCCGACGGCACCAAGCCCGACUCGGGCGUCAGCAGCUUCUACCUUGACAUCCAACCCUCACCCGACCAGUCCGGCCUGGACAUCAACGGCAUCAAGCCAGAGCCCAUCUGCGACUUCACCCCAGGCUCGGGCUUCUUCCCCUACUGUUCCUUCACCAAUGGGGAGACAUCCCCCACUGUUUCCAUGGCUGAGUUGGAACAUCUGGCCCAGAACAUUUCCAAGUCCCACAUGGAGACGUGUCAGUACCUGAGAGAAGAACUUCAGCAGAUGACCUGGCAGGCGUUCCUUCAGGAGGAGGUGGAGAGCUACCAGAGCAAGCCCAGGGAAGUCAUGUGGCAGUUGUGUGCCAUUAAAAUCACAGAGGCCAUUCAGUAUGUGGUGGAGUUUGCCAAGCGCAUCGACGGCUUCAUGGAGCUCUGUCAGAAUGAUCAGAUAGUGCUUCUCAAAGCAGGCUCUUUGGAGGUGGUGUUCGUCAGAAUGUGCCGUGCCUUUGACCCUCAGAACAACACAGUCUAUUUCGACGGAAAGUAUGCUGGGCCUGAUGUCUUUAAGUCAUUAGGUUGCGACGACUUGAUCAGCUCUGUCUUCGAGUUUGGGAAAAACUUGUGUUCUAUGCACCUCUCUGAAGACGAGAUCGCCCUGUUCUCCGCCUUCGUGUUGAUGUCUGCAGAUCGAUCCUGGCUCCAGGAGAAGGUGAAGGUGGAGAAGCUCCAGCAGAAGAUCCAGCUGGCCCUCCAACAUGUUCUACAGAAGAACCACAGAGAGGACGGCAUACUGACGAAGUUGAUAUGCAAAGUCUCCACGCUGCGAGCCCUGUGCAGCCGGCAUACGGAAAAGCUGACAGCGUUCAAAGCAAUAUACCCAGACAUUGUCCGUGCCCACUUCCCCCCCUUGUACAAGGAGUUGUUCGGAUCAGACUUUGAGCAGUCCAUGCCCGUUGACGGGUAGCGCUUCCCCGCGCCCACCCCACCCGGGGGAAUACACACCGUGGGGAAUGUCAAGCAUAAAUCUGAGACACUUUAGCAGUGCCCUGCACACACACACACACACACACACACACACACUUGGACAGACGACACACUGCACACACACACACACACACUUCCCCUUUUUUUCGUUGUGAUUAUUUUUUGUCGUGGGGGAGUAGGUAAUGGACUGGGUUUGACUCUAGCGGUUUAUUUUUGGGGUUUGUUCCCUCCUUUUACUGACACAGGUGGGAUUCGGAGCCCAGGGGAGAGGAUGAGAAGAUGAAGACACUUGUUUUUCCCGAACGCUCCCUCGCUCUCUUUCUCUCGCUGGCUGAAGCUGAAGAGUCCACGCGUUCGUUUUCUCGAACGGUCCCAUGGCGAUUUGUCACGUUCAGCAUAAAUUGUUUCGACUCGUUUCCAAAACGCCACAAAAAAAAAAAAAAAAAAGCGAUUCCCAGAGAGCAUUCGCCUGGAAUCCAGCGGAAGAGGAACACACGAGCCCUUUUCAAGCCAAGAACAUGAAACAAAAAGUUGCGAUCAAGAAGUCGAUUAUCCGAACUGUUCCAGCAGUUGUUGUAGCACCAAAAAAAAAUUUCUACGUAGAAAAAUACGUGGUUAGUUUCUUCCUCCCUGUGCACUUUUUUUUUUUCUUUCCUUUUUUUUGGGAUGUCAAACCAGCACCGAACGAAGAAGAAUACAAAGUGAGAGAGAAAGAGAGAUACUGAGAAGGAGCGUGAUGUGGAGUCAACACAAAACAGCACCUUUCUACGGACAAUCGAGGAAAAAAAAAAAAUAAAGACGAAGGAACAACGUAGAAUUCUGGUAAUUCUAGUCGCGAUUGCUUUUAGCCGUCAGAGACUCCAUCUACCAUAGUUGCUUAGUGAUAUCGUUUAAGGCCAUCUGCUAUUAAGUCCCUCUCUGGAAUGGUGUUAACGUAACGUAACGGUCCGACCACCAACAUCGAUGCAAUGCAAGGGUCCAUUCCACCUGUUUUCUAACGUGUUACAGGGUAUACGAUCAUAAGUACAAACUAUACGGAAAAAAAAAAUAAUGUUUAUAGAAUCUAUUUUAAAUAACAUGUAUGAUAUUAGUAGCUAGACUAUUCUUAAUUGUGAAAAAUUGAUAAGGCACUUUUAUUUGCACCUUUCUUUAAUUUAAGACUUGUAUAUUUACCUAGUGAUGUGUUGCAUGUAUAAAUACCACGGUUUUGGAGAACGAGUGCUGGAAGCCCUAACGCUGCUGAGGGUGGGUGCGUGUUUGCGUGCGUGUUUGUGUAUUUAUUUGCGCGAGGCGGAGGUUGGUGCUGGGUAAAGGCGGAUCACGUGAUCCGGGAGGGGGGUCGUAGCAAACGCUCACCUUCUGCCACCGUUACGAGAACCUAAGCGCACCGGGUCUAAAGGGCCGUGGAACGCAAACGGACCCUUUUCCACGCACGUCGCGCGCUGUUUAAUGGUUCCAUCUAGUGGUGGAUCUGGAAGGACCCGGAUCUGGAUCCCGAACGGCCGAUCUUCCUUAAAACUGACUCUCGUGAGGGUCUUUGCCCAGCAACAACGCUCGUCGGGAACGUGAGAGUGGGAAGAAAAAAAAAAAAAAAAAAAGAGAAAUAUUCAAAGCCUUGUCUGGUUGAAAUCCUCUAUUUUUGUAACAUUGUACAGUGCUUAUGAAGCCUACGAAAGAAAAAGGGAAAGAGCGAAGGAUGAUAUAGCACUUAAUCCUGCAAUAAUUAGAAUCUCUGUGUGUUUUUUUAUGAUUUUUGUUGUCUUUUUCAAAGAACGAGACAAUGGUAGUAAUAGUGCUAUUUUUUUGGGAAUACCUUACUGUUGUGUGUUGCGCGUGUUUGUACGUCUCUUGAAUGUGCCAUAGUGGUCUUUCCUGCUUUUUUUUUUGGAGUCUGAAAAAAAAAAUGUUGUAUUGUAACAUUCCAGUAAAACUAUGUUGUGGCGUUUAGGAAAUCCCAAUAUAAUCCAGAAAAAAAAAACUUCACCGAUCACACCUAUGACCUGCUAACUGACAUUUUGAGAAACUCUUGAGUAGAUCUUGGUAGCUACAUGUAAUUUCUUUUCCCCUCGACGCAAACUAUUUUCCUCAGGGAAGAGUCUGUCUAACUCGAUUCUGAAGUCGGUAGCUCAAACACGUUAGUCAGCUCUAUGUUGCAUCUGAAACUCGAUAAUUUGAUCUUGAUGGCAUGUUUAGUGCAGAUAAAUUGCAUUCUUAUCGUAAUUAUGCGUCAAUAACUACCGUUGGCAAAAUAUGAGUUUGUGCAGUGCUUCCCCAAGAAGUCCUGCUUAUCACAAUACAUCAAUCUGUAAUCGACAAUUCAGGUUCGUGUUUAGUUCUUUAUACAGUAAAUUAGCGCUUUGUGUACUACAAGGCUCAGGGAGAGUAAUACUGAAUAAUAAUUGAGCAGGGAUAAUGAAAUCAGUUCCAAAUCCCAGUGAGCUGCUUACUUAGACAGCAUUUUAACAGUCUCAAAAGACUGAAAAGCAAACGUUUUAGACCAAUUUUAACGGAAUCCCAGAAUGCAAGUCUAUAAAAAAUGUUAUUUCGGCAUGUUGGCAGGAGUCAAAUAUUUGACUAUAUUUCACUGAAUACUAAAAACGAUUUGUAAAUGAUAGUUUAAUAAUAGUCUCAUUAUCUACGUUUACCCCAAAAGUAUCAGCGAAGUGUUGUGCUUUUAGCAUAGCAACAUGCUAACAGAAAACUCCAUUGGAAUCAAUUGCGAGCGGAGACAACCCAUGUGUUACUCAUUCUGUGACACUCGGAAUUGUUGUCCAUGUAGACCGAUUCGACUCAGUCGCUUAAAAUGAUCUAUUUCGGAGAACGCUGCCUAAGUAGACGGCUCACUAGCAGCAGAACUGAACCCAAAACAACCCGAUAAUGUUGUUAAUACACAAAUGGGAACAAACACUCGUUUGCUACUUUAGCUCAUUUUUUAAAAAAAAAAACCUCAUUUUUCACCUUUCGCGAUUCACUGGCUCACGUCGUACCGUGUCAUUCGCUAGCUAGACAGCUGUCAAGUCAAAAGAAGAUGGCAGUACAUCAAAAACAUCGCAAAACGUGUCGUUUCAUUCAGUCGCCCAGCGAGCUCCAAGAUCAACUUCCUGAAAACCCAACAAAGCAAGAUAACAACCUCAAGCGUGCCACGCUAAUUUCCGGCCUUUGUUUUUGUUUUUCUGGAUGGGGAUUUGUUCUAAUCGUCACUCGUAAUUGUUCGAGUCUAUGUGCCAAAUACCUCUUCACGAUUUGCUCCACCUUCAGACGUCCGCGCGGGCUGAAUUGCCGCGUGCGACAAAUACGGGUUUCUACAGGGUAACCACUGCCGUGGAGUCCCCUUGACGAACAAGCUUUGCUGUUUCCUGUCCGAUGAUCCUCAAGUCAAUUCUAACACCACGAAAGCUGUAGUAAAGUCACGUUUUACCACUUUUUUCCUGCAUGUCGUAUUUCGUCAGUGUAGUUUGUAUUAGACUUUUAAAGCAAUAUGCUAUGGGAUAGAACUUUGGGACAGAUUUAUUUUUUCUAAUACAAGCAAAGGUACUCAAACGCCUCUGGAUCUGUGGUGUUUUAGACGCGUGAAGAGAAAAGUCCUGCGGUGUUUUCUUAUCGGUGGAAGAUCCGCACAUUUUCCCUCUUAAAACCUCUUUUUCAACCGUGUUUUUUUUUCUCCUUUGUUUAUCUAUGUGAGAAGCAAUAUACGUCCGAAUGUGGAUGCGAGAGCGUGUUUGUGUUAUUUGUAAUGUUCGCUUAAGGUCAAACCCCCAGACAAGGCUUUAAAAGAUCAGACGCAGCAGGGUGAGAUGGUGAAUUGUAUGUAAGAUCUUACUUUAUUUAGUUUUUGUUUUUUUUCCCCAGGAUUUAAAAUGUUUUAGGUAGCACUGAGCUUGAAUCCCUUGCCGCGGCUGUGCAAGCAUGACACGCUGCACCUCGACGUUCAUUUCGAUUAGAGUUAUGCAAACGCAACCAGGCCUAUGCACUCGCGUUCAAACGAAAGGCACGUUUACGGAAACGUUUUUUGUUGUUGUUGUUGUUGUUGUUGUUAAGCGAUUCCGAUCGGUGUUUUUACCGUGUCAUGCUCGCAACAGCGUUCGAGCCGAAGGUUGAGGUGUUACUGAGAAUCACGUCGAUCGUUUUUUUUCCCUCGCGUUUUCUUUCCGAAAGCACAGCUGACGCGUUAUUAAAAGUGAACUAUGUUUAGACGAUAGACGAAAAGAAAUCUCUUUAGCCAUAAUCAAAUGUCAAGCAAUAAUAGAUGGUAUAUUACGAUUCAUUUUGUGCAUAGGCUUUGGACAUCUGCAUGUAAAUACAUUUUCUUAUUUAUCGCGUUUAAUUUUUUUUUUGCUUUGGGUUUUUUUUUGUCUUUUUUUUUUUGUUUUAAUUCGUUUGUUGACUAGUUCUGUUCCCGGGUGGAGAACUACGAACGUCGAAUGGCCUGUAAACUGUACAGCUACGUUUCCCUGUCCUCCUUUCGGCUUUUAAUUCACAAUAUUUAAUGUUCUAUCGAUCACAUGUAUAAAAGUAACUUUGUAACUUCUGUCUGUAUAGGUAAGAAGAAAAUACUGCUAUUAAGACCUGCUCAGUGCAAAUAUUUAUCUGUUUUAUCAGACGCAUCAUGCUGUACAAUAUCUCUGUUUUGAGUAUACUUCUCUCUUUUAGACUUAGUUCGAUUAGCGGUAGGGUGUGCGGACAUUAAAUUUUGUGUUAUACUGACGUGUGGUGCUAGGUAAGUUACUUUGUGAACAAAAAUUACGGAUUCAUAGACUAGGCCACCCUCUUAGUCCAUUCAUUUCACCGAGUAUUGAUGCAUUAUUGAUAUUAGGACUCAAUAAAUAAUAAUGAUAACGAUAAUAACGAUAACAAUAAAGAUAACGAUAGUGGUAAAUUUCCUUUGAAUACCCAGCGAGUACCUGUAUCAGUGUGCUAGUCUUGGGACGCGGCUCGUUUCCUUCCCACUUUUAAGAUUAUUAGCAAGUAUCGGCUAAGUAAAGCGCUAUUAAAUUUAGCAUUUUUGUCGCCAUUUUGAAUUUUUCGCAACAACGACGAUUGUUCGUGCUUUUUUUUAAAAAAAAAUGGAAAAAGCAGCAGUAUUGUGUUUCUUUUUUUGAUUGUUUCGAAACUGUAGCUGGAGGUGUUUCUUAUCCGGCGCUUAUGCUCUGUAUCGGGCGCUGGAAGGACUUUAAACACGCGAUAAAGUACCGGAUUGUCUGCCGCUUUUUGGCUCCCUCCAUUUUUAUUUUUUUUUUCUACCCUCGGUUCUUUUUAAAACACGCUUGUAAACAUUCAUUUCCCCCCCCCACUCACGUACACUUACAUACACACACGAAGGUUAAGUGUUAUAAAUUGUACAGGACAAAAGGCGGUUGUGGGAAGUUUUGUGCGGAACUUCCCGUUUUUAUCUUUGUAGCAAGGCAGAAUCUACUUGCAAUAAUACAUAGCAAACUACGCUGAGUGCCUCUCAGUGGUACAGGAUGCAGAAACUCUAUUCGUCCAUUUUGUUUUCACGUACUCAAAUGACUGUGUUUGCACACGUGGGUGAAUUCUGUCUCGUGUUACCGACUUUUAUUUUUCGCUGGCUGUCUUUUUGUACGUAAACGAGGCAUUUCAUGUUUGUUUAUAGCCAUGGAAACGGCGUUUUUCUCGUCUCUGUGAUGUCCUUGUAUUUUCUGAGAUUCUCAGACGCUACUUUUUCUUUUUCCUCCGAACAACUUCACGUGGUUAUGGGACAUUGCAUCCAGUCGGUCGCAUCCCGGUUGGAUGCUAAACGCGAAACCCCCGUUUGGAUAUCUGCAGAGACAAACUGGCGGACAAUAGACAAUCCACUCCGUGUUCUCCCUGUUGUUUCCUGCCAAUUAGAUUUUAAGUUGACGUUUAUGAAACAAAAUGACUAAUGCAAUGUAUUUUAAGUGUUCAUAUGUGUAUGUAAAAUGAUGCAUACUACACUUCUAUUUCUUGUUGAGCUGAAGGGGAGGGCACAAGGGCUGGGGCAGGGGCAGGAUGGGUUGGAUUUUGCUCCUGCUUUCCUGCGGGGUGGGGUAAAAAAAAAGAAGAAGAAGCAGAGAACGGUUUGCGGUUGUCACAUAUUUUUACGUCACAUGUUUGCUACUGAUCUUAAAAUGGGGACAGUCGAUCAUGUACCUUUUUAUUCAGCUCUUUGGAACUCUCUUUAGGAGAUAGUUUCUUCUCGAUAGUGGUUUUGCUCCUUCUGUUUGUCUGAUUCUUAAAUAUGAAAAUAAGUAUUUUGAUUCAUUUUGUAAAUACCGCUGUAAAGAAAAAUAAGAAAUUUAAUGUUGUCUUUUAAAUACUUUUCAUUCUAAUAUGAAUGUUGUUAUAUUGUACUUAGAAACUGUACCUUUAAUAUUACCUUUAUUAAAAGUGCAUUGGACACAUCGAUUUUAGAUGUGCUUUAUGUGCUGUUAUCCCAUAAUAAAAUUUACCGCUUGUAAUGGGCUCUUA